AUGGCAAUCGAAGUCCUCCCUCUUACUAAAGCGGAUAUCCCCGCGGCCGUAGAAUGCAUCCAGAAAGCAUUUGCCGAUGAUCCAUUCUUCCGCUGGAUAUUCAACAAGAGAUCUGGGUUCAAUCUCCACCGCAACGCCGCCUCGAUGGCCGCCCACUUCCAAUACGGCCUCUCCUGCCAAGCGCCCAUCUACAUCGCCAAAGCGACCUCCCCGACGAGUGUGAGUGCCACCAACGACGACAAGGCCGCCCUGCUCGCGAGCGAAACCGGCGACGACGACGACGACAACGACAGCGACAUCGCGGGCGUGUGCUGGUGGUUCCCGCCGCAGCCGGCGGGCGAACCCGUGACGUGGACGGUGUGGGCGCAGGACUGGCUCCUCUCCUUCCGCCAGCUGCUGUUCAACAUCCGCUUCGGCGGGCGCGGCGGGCUCAACGUCCGGCGCUACUGGCAGUGGAAGCAGCGCCAGGAGCGCACCCACGCCCGCAUCUGGUCCGACCCCCGCGGCUACUACUUCUGCAACGUGCUGGCCGUCAACUCGGCCAUGCGCGGCAUGGGCGUUGGCCGGAAGCUGGUCGAGGCCGUCACCCAGAAGGCUGAUCUGGAGGGCAUGCCCUGCUACCUGGAGAGUUCCAAGGGGUUCCCCAAUCUGGUCAUCUAUGAGAAGUUGGGGUUCGAGGUCGUCGAGGAGAUUGAUUGUCUCGAUGGGAAGGAUGCUUGCAAGCUGUAUUGUAUGAUCCGUCAGCCGAAGAAGGCGGAUUAAGUGUCUGCAAGGGUUGAAUUUACCGUGCUGCGAUUGUUUUCUUAGUUCGGGAGGAUGACUCAACUUGAAGUUUCUUGCUAGCUAGCAUUGCAUUUGAGCAACCACCAUCAUAAAUCAGAC